CUCCAGGCUAAUACCUGUUGGUAAUUCAGUAAUCACAACCUUCACUGCCGCAGUCCCUCAGCCAAUCUCCAUCAUUUGCAGAAAUGGCAGCAGAAAGAGUGGGAAGGAUGAAGCUCGGUUCCCAAGGCCUCGAAGUUUCAGCACAAGGCCUUGGCUGCAUGGAUAUGUCUGCCUUCUACGGUGCUCCCAAACCCGAACCUGAUAUGAUCGCCCUCAUCCACCAUGCCGUAAAUUCUGGCAUCACCUUCCUCGAUACUUCUGAUGUUUACGGUCCCCACACCAACGAAAUCCUUCUCUGCAAGGCUUUGAAGGGUGGACUCAGGGAUACAGUUGAAUUAGCUACCAAGUUUGGGAAUAUUCGUGUGAACGGUAAAAGAGAGCAUCGGAUUGACAUCCGUGUGCCCAUCGAAGUCAAGAGUAACAAUAAUGUUUUGGUAGACGGAGAACUCAAGAAAUUGGUGGAAGAAGGAAAAAUGAAGUACAUUGGUCUUUCUGAGGCUUCUGCUUCAACAAUUAGAAGGGCACAUGCUGUUCAUCCAAUAACUGCGGUGCAGUUGGAAUGGUCUCUAUGGUCUAGAUGUGGAAGAAGAAAUAGUUCCUACUUGCAGGGAACUUGGAAUUGGGAUUGUUGCAUACAGCCCGCUCGGGCGGGGAUUUCUUUCAUCAGGGCCAUUACUGGUGGAGAAUUUAUUGGACCAAGAUGUCAGAAGGGUUCGUAUCAAUUUGAUGCAAAUUUUAACCUUCAUAGCAAAGACCUUCUUGUUAUUAUGCAUAUCAAAUUCCAACCUGAAAAUCUUGAGCAUAACAAGCACCUCUACGAGCGAGUUAAGGAGAUGGCAACAAGGAAGGGAUGCACUCCUUCACAACUAGCACUAGCAUGGGUCCAUCACCAAGGGAACGAUGUCUGUCCCAUACUUGGAACCACCAAAAUUGAAAACUUGAACCCAAACAUAGGAGCUUUGUCUGUCAAACUCACGCCAGAAGAAAUGGCUGAAAUAGAAGUCAUUGCUUCCAAAGAUGAUGUUCAGGGAGACAGAUACCCGUCUGGCGUCACUACCUUUAAGAAUUCUGAUACUCCGCCUCUCUCUUCAUGGAAACCUGAAUGAACAAUGGAACGGCGAUUGCUUGGAUAGGUAUUGAUGUCAAACAGAUCCAUAUCUAUCAAGAAGCAAAUACAGAAGCAGAUAUUUUUGUUAAAUAAGGAUCCCAGUCAAUUAUGGAUUAUGUUGUAAUGAAUGAGAGUUUCUAUGAACUCCCUCCUUUGUUAUUUGUUACUGCAUUGGAACAGUUGUUCCAAAAACUGUUGUUGCGGGCUAUUUAAUUUGCUUAGUAUACUCUCUCUUGUUGCCCAAAAAAUAAAACAUUUUGUGAUCU